AUGGAAGCAGCGGAGGAAACUCUCACUUACCGAGAUGACACCGGACUUCACAGGAAGCUGCUCCGAGAGGACAAACAUAAGGACAACAAAGACAGUAAGGGACACUCCGAGACAAAAAGCGAGGAGUCCAACUAUGUGGAUCUGGACAUGAAACCGGACGGCGCAAAAACAGUGAAAGUAACGUUCACUGGCGAGGGAAACCAACUGUCUGUCAUCAAAUGUGACAGUGUGAGGCAGGGAGAGCAUGGCACCGAGGGUAAACUCAUUUCAGAGGACUUUGUUGAAGAACAAUCGGAGGACAAGUGGGCCAUCGACUGCGGCCCUGUUUCGGGUGAGCGUCUCUUGGAAACUCUGACCAAACUUCCCAACACUGACACAGAGACUGACAAGCAGCGCCAGCAGGCCGAGCUCGACCCGAGUGACUGCAGUGAACAUGUAUGCAGUGAGAGUGAUGAGCUCCAGUACACGGACAUGUAUCUGAACAGCAAAACUGAGUCGGAUGACGGUGCCAGUGCGGUGUUGUCCGACCACUGCGGCUCCGACACCUUGGAGGACGAGUCUCACUAUAUCACGACGCACGAAAUCCAGCUGACCGAGCUCGACCACGAUGUAGAUUACGACCUGGGGCGUGGGACCUGUUGGGAUUUUGAAGACGAUAACUUGGUUUAUUCCUUUGUGGAUUACGCCUCGUUUGAAAGCGAUGAAACACAAGAGGGGACGUUGAUACUGGAGGGCAGGAGUCAAACGAAAGUGAAGUCUAAUCUUGGUGGGGCACUUGUCAGCACCGAGCAGGAGGAGAGUGAUCUUUGUGACUCGGACAAAGGCGCCAGUUCAGAUGAAAGCGUAUGCAAAAACGAAAGCGGAGACGCCAAUACGGGGAAAAUUCAUUUAUCUAUAAAAACCUCCUCCAGGGCGGUGAACGAACCUGUCAAUAUCUUUGAUAACAACACGUGUGGAUACGCGAAAGACUUUGGAGACAGGAGCCACUUCUCUUUUGUGAGCUCUGGCGCCAGAGCAGGGCCCUUGUGCGAUAGAGCCCAGUAUUUCAUCCCUGCACCGGGCCGUCAGCACCUUGCAACCAAACUGAGACGGAAAGAUAUUAAUGAGUAUUCCAGCGGAGCGUCCAGCUCCAUUAGCGAGCUGGAUGACGCCGAUAAAGAAGUGCGUAAUUUAACCGCCAAGUCUUUCCGGAGCUUGGCAUGUCCAUACUUCGAUGCCAUCAAUCUUAGCACAUCCAGUGAGUCCUCUAUGUCGGAAUAUGGGCUUAACAAGUGGUCAGCCUAUGUGGACUGGAAUUAUGGAAACAUAUCGCGGAGAAAAGAGCGAAGCGUAAUUGCUUCCAGUGCAACAUUGGAAAUGAAUAAGACUGUGGACAGUAAGAGGCACAGUAAGUCCAUCGCCAGUUCGAGAGCAUCACAAACUAAAAUGUACGCGCUGAAUAAGAGAACAACUUCUCAAGAAGAUUCAUCUUCGAGCAAAAAGAUUGAUCUGAGCGAUCCCGUUCAUCCACAGCAGCGCGGUGUCACGCUGAAUUUCCGCUGUAAUGUUGCACCUGAAGGAGCGAAGCGUCCAAAGUGCUCCAAGAACGCACGGUCCAGUGAGGUUACUGGGGGUGACUUGGCAAGAUCAGGGUGUGAGGUGCAGUAUCAUCACCAAGAGAGUACGGGGGAUACACAGAAAAGGGCAAGUUUUGCAUCAAGUCUACUGAAAAAUGUGAUUUCCAAAAAGAUGCAAUUUGAACAGGAGCGCAAAAUGGAGAGGGGUGGAAUAUGGGGUAAAUACAGGGGUGUGGGAAGGGGCUUCCAAAGGCAGACAUCAGAAUCAGGCUCAGGAUUCACUGUGAAUUCUGCUGAUGAACAUUUGGAGGACAGCAGAGCGAGUUCCUGUGAGCCUACAGAGGAACAGAAAAGCAACAAAGCACCAGUCAGCCACAGUCAAAGUAGUGCAUUUAAUUCAUGGAAAGAGGAUGAGCCAGAUCCUAUAAAAGAGACUGAAGUCUCCACAGCUGUAAGUGACAUAAAGGAAACCACAGCAAAGGAAGAAUUAGAUACCAAUAAGAAAGAAUUCACACAAGACUUGUUGAGAAAUACACCUGCUACAGGCACACCUGCCGGCCCCCAGAAAUGUGAGAAAGUGUUCAAAACGGGCAAUAAUGGAAACAUAGUAGGCAAAGAAGAAAAUGAGAAGGGUGGGAAAACACCUGAGAUAAAAAUAUGCCUGAGAAGUGUGAAAGAAAAUAAAGGGUGCACACUGAAUAUUGCAAACCUGUUAACCCCUAAAAUAAGUUACAACACUGUUAACACCUUUAGAGCAGCAGAUGAAACCAAAUGCCACAUUUUGUCUGCGUCAGAUAAGAUCCCAAACUUCACCGUUAGAGACAUAAGAGACACCAAAUGCAAGUUUCAAACACCAAUAUAUCAUGUCAGAGAUGUACGUAAAUUGGUAAAAAGUUCAUAUCGCUUUGUUUCUUUGGAUAAUAGUUCCACUGGGCCUCCAGCAGCAGGGGAUAAACCUGAUGAGAAGGCCAAAAAGGAGCCUGUAAAGCUUUCAUUACCAUCUCCUAUCGUGAUUAAAUGCCACUCUGUAAAAACAAAUGUCAAAUCAGAAAUAAACAAAGCAUCACAGAAACAGACAGAGGGAAAUAUCCUGUCUGAAACACCUCAAAAUGAAAAUGCACCUUCACAUUGCACAACUAGCAGGGUGCCACCUGUUGUAGCCAAGCAGCUAAAUCCUGACCAACCAGAAAAUCAAACAAAUACUGAAAGCAAAGUGACAAAACUGAAGGAAAAGUUUUCAGGUGAAAUAGCUGAAAGGAGAAAUGAGCCUAAAAUACCAAAACAGGCGGCAUUAGAGAAACUUAAAGCUGCAGUAAAAACAAUGGAGCAGCUUUAUGUUUUUGAUAGAAAUGAAUGGAAGCGUAAAACUCAAGCUCCACAACCCAUCACUGACAGCCACGUGCUUUCACUUAUUGCCCGUGAGGAGCAGGGAGCAGAGGAGCUUGAGGCAACAGGAGGGAGAGUAACAGACCCCGAUACACACACUGACAGGAUCCCUCAGUCUUUGAUAAACACUGCAGAGACAGGCAAAUCACAAGAAGUUAAAAGAUCUCUGAAUAUCAUCCACGUUCCAUAUAGCAAUGACACUUUUAAAAUACAGUCGCAGCAAAGUAAAACAUUCAGUAACAAGAGUGUCCUUCAUUUUGGCAACAGUAAUAAGGCACGUUUCAGCAUAAGUUCAGUUAGUAACCCUGUUCCUCAAAGCUCUGUGCUGCAAACAUCAGCAACUAUGAAAAGCUCCAAGACACCGGUUGCUCCACUGUCAGUGAAAAUAGAGCCCCCAAAAAACGGGCAGAUGGAGCAGAAAAAGGUCAAAAUCAGCCCAACAAAUCCCACAGUCACACAGGGCAGCUCAGACUCCGAGAACUAUCUCACCAUACCCGGGUUGGGGUAUAAGAAUGAAAUCAAACUGCUGAAUCGAGAGCCGGUGUCCAAGGAGGCAAAUUCAAACAGUAGCCAAACACACACAGGUGACAGUAAGAGGUCACCGUUAAUCAUGAAGUACCCAGCUUCAAGUGUCUACCACCACCCAGCAGCAGCAGCGACAGCAGGCUCGCAAACACAGCAGGUGUUGUGUUUCUCUCCCACUGUCACCACUGUGUCACCCACACCUUCUGGAGAGACUGUAUCAACAUCACAGCGCAAGAUGCUUUUGGACCCGACUACCGGACAUUAUUACCUAGUGGACACUCCUAUACAGCCCACCACAAAGCGACUGUUUGACCCCGAGACAGGCCAUUAUGUGGACGUACCCAUGCCCCAUUCACCUGCAGCACCUGUCACCCCUAUCGCCCCUAUGCCUCUUUCUUUGUCCCCAGUGGCACUGAGCCCAGGAGCGUACGCCCCAACAUACAUGAUCUACCCGGGUUUCAUCCCCUCACCCACUCUGCCAGCUCAGGCGGUGUUGCCACAGUCACCGUGUCACUCUGAGGAUGCAGACAGGGAAAAGCUGAAAAGCGCCAGAGGUCCUAAACAGGAAACUAACACAACAGACGGCGAGAGCAUGUAUUACAGUGCAACAGGAGAGGCUCCCCUGCAGCUGCCUGUGAGUUUGGGACAUGUGAGCGCCAGAGGAAGUGCAGCAAACGCUGACAGGAAGCCAGUUAUCAGCAUCACCACGCAACAAGGUCCAAGAAUCAUCGCCCCUCCUUCCUUUGAUGGAACAACAAUGAGCUUUGUAGUGGAGCAUCGAUGA